AUGGUUAGAGCUCCAAAACGGUCUGCCUCCUCCGCCGAUGACGAUGAGACAGCACGCCCAUCCCGGAUAUCGGUCCCACGGACUUACAGACCAGGGGCGCGGUCCUGUGAAGGCUGUCAUCAGCGAAAGGUCCGCUGUGACCGUGAAGUGCCUUGCACCAAUUGUUCGAGGUAUGGUAUGACCUGCGUGUAUCCCACGAGGGACCCAGACUCGGCACAAAAACCCCUACUCUUCGAGACAUCACCAACUAGUAGCGAAGCCACUACGGGAUCUGCAGUCGAUGAUGGUGGUGGUCGUGCCGAGUCCGAAAUUCAAAUCCAGGCUCGACCUAGUGCAAGUGUCAAUGCAAUUGAAACUGCUAGUCAGCGUCCAUCCAACAGACCCCCAAACAAAUCAACAUGGGAGAUAUUAUUGAACAACUCUGAUAUCGAGCCAUUGCUACAAGAGGAAUCUAUUGGCUCGGAAGCAGCGCCUUCGCACCUUCGGGUGAAUACAACAGCGUACCACAGACCUCCUACGCAGCCGGGUGCUUAUGCUCCUCUAGACAGGGACUCCGAGCCAUUGGAUUUCUAUCCUGAUUCCCAACUAGCCCUCCGGUUAUGGGAUGUGUACGUCAAAUCGGUCGAUCCUGUCCUUAAAAUCUUGCAUAUACCGACAGUACAGUCUGCUGUUGUGGCAACGAUUCUGGACCCCAGAUCUGCACAACCGUCAACGGUGGCGUUGACAUUUGCCAUCUAUUACGCCGCCGUCACGGCCCUUUGUCAUGAUGAUAGUGACGAGCCUAUUGACCUACCGUGGGAGAAAUCGGUCCUUUUGAAACGCUACCAGACUGCCUUGGACCGACUUCUCGUGACACCCGAUUUCAUGAGUCGACCUGAAAUAGCGGGCUUACAGGCUCUCGCAAUUUAUGUGACCUGCUUACGGGCUCAUGAACUUGGUCGUAGAGUAUGGGUCCUCACUGGGCUAGUAAUCCGGCUCGCCCAAUCGAUUAGCCUACACCGAGACGGUACCUCUCUCAAACUAAGGCCUUUUGAGACAGAGAUGCGCCUUCGUCUUUGGUGGCAUCUAUGUGUGCUUGACUCUCGUGCCCCAGAGGAUCAAGGGUUUCAGCCCACGGUUGAUCUCGCGAACCAGGAACUACGGCUUCCCUUGAAUUUGAAUGACAAUCAAAUAUAUCCAGAUAUGACACACUUUCCAGCGGAGUCUGAUGGUUGGACGGAAAUGUCUUUUUUUCUGAUCCAAACUGAGUCGUGUCGGGUGAUACAUCCGAUCCUUGACACUCAACCGCAGCAUUCCGCAGAUACUCUUCUUGAUAUUAGAGAAAAGCGGAAAGUGAUUCAAGACCCUGGCCAAUAUCUGUCAGCUAAAUAUGGUAUUUCACCUGGGUUUGAAACACCGACUGAUCUACAGCGCAUUGCAAUUCAACAUGUCACCACUGCCUGUAAGAAAAUGGAGUUCGUAUUGCAACUACGAGAGGAGAUUUGCAUGCGAAAGCAAAACGAGGCGCAGAAUGAUGCGACUCCCGACGUGCUCAGGUUGUCUUUCAAGUUGGCCUGUGACGGGCUGGAAAGCAGUCAUGUGUUGUUGAAAGAGGGUCUUGCUUGGAGGUUCAAAUGGUUCUUCAGCAUGUACACGCAAUGGUACGCCUUGGCCUACGUUCUGCGCUGCCUCCGUAAUAGCCCUUGUGGGUUCAAGGCAGAUCGUGCCUGGGCUUUGGUUGAAGGGCUUUUCCCUCGCGGAACGAAUCAUCAGGGUCAUCCGGUGGCCAGCCCUGAUGAGCAUGGGCACGGCAGGAUUUGGAAGUUUCUCAAGAUUCUUCGACAUCAAGCUGGGUCCUCGGGACAGGAUGCCCAGUUAUCUGCGGCCACCGCAGAUAACCGGGUUCAGCUGUCCAGCAGUGGAGGGGAAUAUUUUACUUCCCAGCUUCUUCCAGAUGCCGAAAUUCCGCGGCCCACCAGCACGACAGUAGCAGAUCAUGAUACAUCCAUCCUCCCCGAGUGGGGUCACGAAUACAUUACUGAUCCUGACCAAAGAGUUUCUGAAUCUUUGGAUCUAUUGAUGCCGGAGAUUCCGUUUUUGUCAGAUUGGAAUGCGAUCAUCAACGGCCAGUAA